AUGAGGUUGGUGAGCUAGAAAAUUUCUAUGGAGUAGUACUCCACAUAACGAGCUGCAUUAGGGCCAGCAUGCGCGCAGUUUCUAUUAGUCAAAUAUCUCUGAGAUUCGAGCUUAUAUUGGGAUAGUUGUUGUUGUGUAGGAUCGAGCAAUAAAGCAAUGGUUUCAGUUGAACUCGUAGAAUCAGUAUAUAUCCACCUCUGAUUGCAACUACGUACAACCCGGAGAAUAUGGAGGAAAGCAGCAAGGAGCAAAAGGGCGAAGAAACAUCUGAAAAAGCUGUCGUCCAAAGCCAUGAUCUGAACAGAAAACCAAGGUUUAGGUGGACAGUGGAGGUCCAUGAUCACUUUGUUGAAGCAGUGAAUGAAUUAGGAGGUCCAUUUGAAGCAACUCCGAAGAAUAUAAUGAAACUCAUGGAUGAUGAAGAUAUCACUUCAGACCAUAUCAAAAGCCAUCUCCAGAAGUACAGACAGAGUAAAGACAUCAUCAGCACCCCUAAAGCUAGUAAAGGCAAGUUUUUCAAUAUCUUAUAUAGUAGUAGUAUAACUAUAUAUGGACAGUAUUGA